CGAAGCAGGAGACCCCAGGUCAGCCUCCAGAAGAGAUGGAGUCAUCUGCAAUGCAACAGGAGGCCCCAACUGACCUUCCAGGUCCUCCUACAGAGGUUCAACUUUUCCCCAGUGGGCAGGAGCAGCCAGCUCAGCCUUCUGAGUCUUCUGGGGAGGCUGAAUCAUCUCCAGCCCAGCAAGAUACCCCAGCUCAGUCUCCAGAAGAGAUGGAGACAUCUGCAAUCCAACAGGAGGCCCCAACUGAGCUUCCAGGACCUCCUAUAGAGGCUGAAUUUUCCCCCAGUGAGCAGGAGCAGCCAGCUCAGCCUUCUGAGUCUUCUGGGGAGGCUGAAUCUUCUCCAGCCCAGCAGGAGACCCCAGCUCAGCCUCCAGAAGAGAUGGAGUCAUCUGCAAUCCAACAGGAGGCCCCAACUGAGCUUCCAGGUCCUCCUAUAGAGGCUGAACUUUCCCCCAGUGAGCAGGAGCAGCCAGCUCAGCCUUCUGAGUCUUCUGGGGAGGCUGAAUCUUCUCCAGCCCAGCAGGAGACCCCAGCUCAGCCUCCAGAGGAGAUGGAGUCAUCUGCAAUCCAACAGGAGACCCCAACUGAGCUUCCAGGUCCUCCUAUAGAGUUUCAACUUUCCCCCAGUGAGCAGGAGCAGCCAGCUCAGCCUUCUGAGUCAUCCGGGGAGGCUGAAUCUUCUCCAGCCCAGCAGGAGACCCCAGCUCAGCCUCCAGAAGAGAUGGAGUCAUCUGCAAUCCAACACGAGACCCCAACUGAGCUUCCAGGUCCUCCUAUAGAGUUUCAACUUUCCCCGAGUGAGCAGGAGCAACCAGCUCGGCCUUCUGAGUCUUCUGGGGAGGCUGUAUCUUCUCCAGCCAAGCAGGAGACCCCAGCUCAGCCAACAGAAGAGAUCGAGUCAUCUGCAAUCCAACAGGAGGCCCCAGCUGAGCUUCCAGGUCCUCCUAUAGAGGUUCAACUUUCCCCCAGUGGGCAGGAGCAGCCAGGUCAGCCUUCUGAGUCUUCUGGGGAGGCUGAAUCUUCUCCAGGCCAGCAGGAGACCCCAGCUCAGCCUCCAGAGGAGAUGGAGUCAUCUGCAAUGCAACAGGAGGCCCCAAGUGAGCUUCCAGGUCCUCCUAUAGAGGCUGAACUUUCCCCCAGUGAGCAGGAGCAGCCAGCUCAGCCUUCUGAGUCUUCUGGGGAGGCUGAAUCUUCUCCAGCCCAGCAGGAGACCCCAGCUCAGCCUCCAGAAGAGAUGGAGUCAUCUGCAAUCCAACAGGAGGCCCCUACUGAGCUUCCAUGUCCUCCUACAGAGGCUGAACUUUCCCCCAGUGAGCAGGAGCAGCCAGCUCAGCCUUCUGAGUCUUCUGGGGAGGCUGAAUCUUCUCCAGCCCAGCAGGAGACCCCAGUUCAGCCUCCAGAAGAGAUGGAGUCAUCUGCAAUCCAACAGGAGGCCCCAACUGAGCUUCCAGGUCCUCCUAUCGAGUCUCAACUUUCCCCCAGUGAGCAGGAGCAGCCAGCUCAGCCUUCUGAGUCUUCUGGGGAGUCUGAAUCUUCUCCAGCCCAGCAGGAGACCCCAGCUCAGCUUCCAGAAGAGAUGGAGUCAUCUGCAAUCCAACAGGAGGCCCCAACUGAGCUUCCAGGUCCUCCUAUAGAGGCUGAACUUUCCCCCAGUGAGCAGGAGCAGCCAGCUCAGCCUUCAGAGUCUUCUGGGGAGGUGGAGUCUUCUCCAGCCCAGCAGGAGGCCCCAGCUCAGCCCUCAGAACAUCAUGAAGUCACAGUUUCACCUCCUGGUCACCAUCAAACUCAGCAUUCAGAUUUUCCCAAUGUCUCUGUUAAGCGUCCAGACACGCAGCUCACCAUAAUAGAGCCUAGUGCAGAGGUGGGAACUUCUCCAGUCCUCCAGGAGGCUACAGCUCAGCUCUCAGGGCCAGGUAAUGAUGCAGAACCUCCCGCCACUCAGCACGGGGGCCCACCUCUGCCUCCAGAGUCACUGGAAGAGGCUGGACCUUUAGCAAUUCAACAGGAGACUUCAGUUCAAUCUCCGGAACCUAUUAAUAGUGAGAACCCCUCUCCAACCCAGCAGGAGGCUGAAGCUGAGCAUCUACAGACCGCUGAGGAGGGUGAGUCUUCUCUAACCCAGCAGGAGGCCGCAACUGAGACUCCAGAGCUCCCUAAUGAAGUUGUAGCUCAACCUCCAGAGCAUUCAAACCUGAAUCAAGCCACAGUUCAACCUUUGGACCUGGGGCUUAGCAUCACGCCAGAAUCCGUGACAGAGGUUGACCUUUCUCCAACCAUGCAGGAGACCCCAACUCAGCCUCCUAAGAAAGUUGUAUCCCAACUUCCAGUACAUCAAGAGAUAACAGUUCCAACACCAGGUCAGGAUGAAGCUAAGCAUCCAGUGUCACCCAGCGUCACAGUUCAACCUUUGGACCUGGGACUUACCAUCACUCCAGAACCCACCACGGAGGCUGAACGUUCUACACCCCUGAAGAAGACUCUAGUUCCUCCAAAGCGUCCUGAGGUGACACUUCCACAUCCAGACCAGGUUCAGACUCAGUAUUUACACCUGACUCAAGCCACAGUUCAACCUUUGGACCUGGGGUUUAUCAUCACUCCAGAAUCCACAACAGAGGUUGAGCUUUCUACUGUCCUGAUGACUAUAGCUCCUCCUGCAGAACACCCUGAGGUGACACUUCCACCUUCAGACCAGGUUCAGACUCAGCAUUCACACCUGACUCAAGCCAUGGUUCAACCUUUGGACCUAGGGCUUACCAUCAUUCCAGAAUCCACAACAGAGGUUGAACUUUCUCCAACCAUGCAGGAGACCCCAACUCAGUCUACUAAGAAAGUUGUACCCCAAUUUCUAGUACAUCAAGAGGUAACAAUUCCAACACCAGGUCAGAAUGAAGCUCAGCAUCCAAUGUCACCCAGCGUCACAGUUCAACCUUUGGACCUGCGACUUACCAUCACUCCAGAACCCCCUGCGGAGGUUGAACUUUCUACAGCCCUGAUGACUACAGCUCCUCUUCCAGAACACCCUGAGGUGACACUUCCACCUUCAGACAAGGGUCAGGGUCAGCAUUCACACCUGACUCAAGUCACAGUUCAACCUCUGGCCCUGAAGCUUAACAUAACUACAAAACCUACUACAGAGGUUAAACCAUCUCCAACCACAGAGGAGACCUCGACUCAGCCUCCAGACCCAGGGCUUGCCGUAACUCCAGAGCCCAUUACAGAGAUUGGACAUUCUUCAGCCCUGGAGAAGACUACAGCUUCUCAUCCAGACCAGGUUCAGACUCUGCAUCGAAGCCUGACUGAAGUCACAGGUCCACAUACUGAACUAGAACCUACUCAGGAUUCAUUGGUGGAGUCUGAAAGUCACACCCAAAAUAAGGCUUUAACUGCAUCAGAGGAACAGAAGGCCUCCACAAGCAGCAACAUAUGUGAGCUUUGUACCUGCGAAAAUGAGACGCUGUCGUGUAUUAAUCUCGGCCCAAAGCAGAGGCUCCACCAAGUGCCUAUGCCAGAGCCCAACACCUACAAUGGCACCUUCACCAUCUUAGAUUUCCACGGAAACUAUAUUUUUCACAUUGAUGGAAAUGUAUGGAAAGCAUACAGUUGGACCGAGAAACUAAUUCUCAGUGAGAAUUAUUUGACUGAAUUACAUAAGGAUUCAUUUGAAGGCCUGCUAUCCCUCCAGUAUUUAGAUUUAUCCUGCAAUCAAGUACAGUUUGUUGAAAGACAUACAUUUGAACCACUACCAUUUUUGCAAUAUCUAAAUCUUCGUUGCAAUUUACUCGCAGAACUGAGCUUUGGAACAUUUCAGGCCUGGCACGGAAUGCAGUUUUUACACAAGUUAAUUCUCAAUCGCAAUCCUCUGACAACUGUUGAAGAUCCGUAUCUCUUUAAAUUGCCGGCAUUAAAAUAUUUAGACAUGGGAAAAACACAAGUCCCACUUGCAACACUUAAGAACAUUCUCACGAUGACUAUUGAACUGGAAAAACUCUGGGAAGAAAGGAGAAUCGCCUCUGGAAGAAUCCAGUAUCUAAACCAUAUAACAAGAAUUACACAACGGGAGCACCCAACAUGCGUCUCCUCUCAGGCUGGAGUUUGGUGGUGCGAUUCCAACUCAGGGCAACCUCCACCUCCCGGGUCAAAUGAUUCUCCUGCUUCAGCCUCCAGAGUAACUGGGAUUAUAGUAAAGACAAAGUCUCACUAUGCGCCAAGGUCGACCUCCCAAAGUGUUGGGAUUACAAGUGUGAACCACCGUGCCUGGUCCCAGGGACUUUAAGUCAUCACUAAUAAAAUGUAUCAAUAUUGUACAAUGGUGACAGUUGUUAUACUUUUUAUUUGUAUUUUUGUUUCUUUUUUCAAGUAUUCGGCCUCAUCUAGUUGAAUCUGAAGAUGUGGACCUGCUGAUGAAGAGGCUGACUGUAUCUAACUUGGGGUCUUGCAUGCAGCUGGCACUUAAUACAUUUUAUUGACCGUUCUAGCUAACAUUCAACAGACAAUUCCUAACAACAAACUCUUAAAAGUAGGACAAAAAGGAAAUCUGAGUCCUUCCUCUAAAGUGGCUGGAAAACCCGCCUGGGCAACAUAGUGAGACCUUGUCUCUGCAAAAAAAAUUUUUUUAAUUAGCUGCCUGCCUGUAGUCCCA